CGGGCGGCGGGGCCGAGCGCCCUGCCUGGGGCAGCGCCGGAGCGGCCGGACCCUCCCUGUGCCGGCAGGGCCCAUGUCAACGCCCCGGCGGCCCGACAGCAGGGCCGGGGCCGGCGGCGGGCUCUAAUCCGGUUAGGGGGGAUUAGUGUGGCUGUUUAAAGGCCGGGAAAGGGGCGCCAAGCGCGUCGGGGAGGAAGCGGCAGCCGCGGAGCAGCGGUGCAGCCCGGACGGCACAGUUGUAGACGAUGCCAGCCAUCAACAUUGAGGAUCUGAGCGAGAAGGACAAACUGAAAAUGGAAGUGGAGCAGCUCCGGAAAGAAGUGAAGCUGGAGAGGCAGCCGGUGUCCAAGUGCUCCGAAGAGAUCAAGAACUACAUCGAGGAGCGCUCGGGCGAGGACCCGCUCGUAAAGGGGGUUCCCGAGGACAAGAACCCCUUCAAGGAGAAGGGAGGUUGUGUCAUCGCUUAGGAAACCCAGCUCGGCGCUUGUCACUUGUACCCGUAGGGAGUCACUAGCGUGUCCCCACUGCCGCCGGCCCGUGUUGAACGAGCACAGAAGCGGGUUUCUAUUUUUUUUUUAAUUCUUUUCUCUUUUCCUCACAAAAAUAAAGAACCCUUUCCCCCGAAAGCAGCCGAGCCCCGCGUCGCUCGCUUGGCAGGGCCGGCUGCCCCCCACCCCAGCCUGGCCGCUGCUCUUAGCCCGGCGGGGCCGGCUCCUCUGGUUUCGCGGCGCCACUUUCGCCACCCGUUUAUCGGUAGCUUCAUGGCUGUUCGUUGUCAUUAAAGAAAACCUGUCGGUAA